UACAGCCAGACGGAGAGAGGAAGGAAGCCGAGACGCAGCUGGCGCGCUUCACAGCCCUGCCCUCGGAACACACCCUUUGGGCGGGAAUGCUGAGUGUGGAGCGGGAGAGGCGCGCGCGCGCGCUCAGCCUCCUGGGACGCGCCUAGCGGUGCCCCGGGCGCCUUUCCAAACGUGCCAACACUGGCCCUGGGCUACUGCGCCUGGCUUGACCGCCUCAGCCCGCGGACGCUCCUGUCGUCGUCGUCCCUCAAUGCCCUUCUCUUCAGACGGCAGCGGCGCGCCCGCUUCCCGCUCGGCGGCGUCCUCCCUGCCUCCCUCCCUCCCUAUAAUAAAACCGCCGGAGGGAGUGGAGAAAGGGCGAAGGCGGCGACGCCGGCCGCGAGCCGCUCGGAGUCCCUCCCCUCUGCGCCUUAUUCCCCGCCCUCGUCGCCUGCGGCUGCCUCCAUUCACUACCGAGGAGGAGGAGCCGCCUCGACGCGUAGAGACGAGACCGCCUUGCUAUGCAGCCAGCCCUGCCAGUUCCAGCCGUCGCCACCGGCAGCACCUUUUCGGCCCGCUCCUGAGAUCGCGGCAGCCGGCGAGCGCGCAACUCGGCUUCACGCGCCAUUCCUCGGCCGCCGCCACCGCUGCCGCGCGCUCCUUCUCUCUCCCUUUUCCACCAGCUGCUGCUGCUGCUGUCACCGUUUCACCAGGAAUUUGACCGGGCGCAGGCGGGGUCAGGAUUGCAUAUCAGAAACCCAGUGUGACUCUUCAGGUCUUCAACAAGGGUUUCAUCAAGAAGAUGGCCUACAACGGACUUGUUAGUUUUGGGCAGCAGCUGGUUCGUCGGAAAGUGGUGGACUGCUCAAGUGAGGCCAGCCGGCUGUCGCGAUGCCUCAACACCUUCGACUUGGUUGCCCUUGGCGUAGGCAGUACGCUUGGGGCAGGAGUCUACGUUCUUGCUGGGGCAGUGGCUCGAGAAAACGCAGGACCUGCCAUUGUCAUCUCUUUCCUGAUUGCUGCUCUGGCUUCUGUGCUGGCUGGACUUUGCUAUGGGGAAUUUGGUGCCAGAGUCCCAAAGACUGGAUCAGCUUAUCUCUAUAGCUAUGUGACCGUCGGCGAGCUGCUGGCCUUCAUCACGGGAUGGAACCUAAUUCUCUCCUAUGUCAUCGGGACAUCAAGUGUGGCCCGAGCAUGGAGCGCAACGUUUGACGAACUCAUAGGCAAGCAUAUUGGAAUGUUCUUCCAACAGUACAUGUCCAUGAAUGCUCCUGGUAUUCUAGCAAAAUAUCCAGACGUCUUUUCUGUUUUCAUUAUCCUGAUCUUAACAGGACUUCUAACUUUUGGUGUGAAAGAAUCUGCAAUGGUUAACAAAGUCUUCACCUGUAUCAACGUCCUUGUCUUGGGCUUUGUGAUAGUGUCGGGGUUUGUGAAGGGAUCGAUUAAACACUGGCAGAUCCCAGAAAACAUCUCGGAUCCUUCACACAAUGAAACCAUUCCAGAACAUGGUGUUGGUGGGUUUAUGCCCUAUGGAAUAUCUGGAGUUCUUUCGGGGGCAGCAACAUGCUUUUAUGCAUUUGUAGGAUUUGACUGCAUUGCCACCACAGGUGAGGAAGUGAAAAAUCCCCAGAAAGCAAUUCCAAUAGGAAUCGUUGCAUCGCUUCUGAUUUGCUUUGUUGCAUACUUCGGUGUGUCGGCUGCUCUUACCCUCAUGAUGCCUUACUACAUGUUAGAUAAAAACAGCCCCCUGCCUGUUGCUUUUAAGUAUGUGGGAUGGGAUGGUGCAAACUAUGCAGUGGCUGUUGGUUCACUCUGUGCCUUAUCCACAAGUCUCCUUGGGUCCAUGUUUCCAAUGCCAAGAGUUAUUUACGCUAUGGCAGAAGAUGGACUACUGUUCAAGUUCUUGGCUCGUGUUAAUGAGAAGACAAAGACUCCGAUGAUGGCUACAAUAACCUCGGGAGCUAUUGCAGCUGUCAUGGCCUUUCUCUUGGACCUGAAGGAUCUUGUAGACCUUAUGUCCAUUGGGACGCUUCUUGCUUACUCCUUGGUGGCUGCCUGUGUGUUGGUGCUAAGGUACCAACCGGAGCAGCCGAACUUGGCGUACCAGAUGGCUAGUACAAAUGAGGAGGCAGACAACAACGAGUCCGUGAGCACCAGUGAAUCUCAGACUGCGUUUCUGCCUGAAAAGGGAGAGAAGUUUUCCUUAAAAGCUGUUUUCCGCCCCCAAAAUACUGAUCCUUCCAAACUCUCUGGGUCCGUAGUAAAUGUCUCCUCCUGCAUCAUAGGCGUUCUUAUCGUCACCUUCUGUAGCUGGACUGUCCUUGGCAAAGAUGCUCUGAAGAACGGGACCCCGUGGGCUAUUGCUCUGCUUGUGGCCGUUUUCCUCCUCUGCUUCUUCUUCACAGUGGUUAUCUGGAGACAACCUGAAAGUAAAACCAAGCUCUCGUUUAAGGUCCCCUUUCUUCCCAUCCUUCCAGUCUUGAGCAUCUUUGUGAAUGUUUAUCUCAUGAUGCAGCUGGAUGUUGGCACGUGGAUACGAUUUGCUAUCUGGAUGGUGAUAGGUCUGCUUAUUUAUUUUACCUACGGCAUGUGGCACAGUGUGGAGGCGUCUUACUCGGCACCGAUGGAUACAGAACGAAGUACGGACAACAACGUGGACAGUUGCAAAUGAUUGGCAGCCUGGUUCCGCUAAAGGACACCUGAGAGCAUCCUCUACAGGGAAGGGUGCUUUCCUCUCUGGGACCCUGAAGUAUUUUGUUCUGUGGAGUAUCAGGUGGGCUUCCAUGUCCCACUGCUGCCCCUUGCAGCUUGCUUUUACCUUGGUAGUACAGUUAUAAGGGAUCACAAGGAAAAAGCCAGACCUCUGGCACACUUCCAACAACACUGUUAUCUGAUGCUGGCAGCUCCCCCUCCCUUGUCAUAAGUAUACUGAAAGAUAACAGCUUAUCAGUGUGCCAGUUCACUUCCAAUGCUGCUAUGAGACCAAGCCUUACAGAGGCCCUGCAAAGUAAUUCCCCAGGUACUGUCCUUGGAUUCAAGUUAAGCAGACUUCGUACUGUCUCCAGAGUCACCUGUGUUGGACCACAAAAACCAAGGGGCCUUGCCUAAAUGAAAACAACACCCCAACCCACCCCAACCGCCUGUGUGUUAGCAAAACACCCUGCCCCUUGCAGGACUGAUCUGAUUGAGAAAAGGACUUGGUGGUGUUAUUUAAUCAUUGUACUUGACUUAUUUUAUGCAGGCAACUCCUGCGCUUUGAAAUGCAACGUUGCAACAGUCUUCUGUAGGGUAGUGGCUUGCAGGCUGAAUUCUAUCUGUUGUGACACAAAAUACUUCGUUUAGGCAGCUAACAGACCCUGCUGCUUUUACGAGAAAAGCUUCUGGCUCAUGGUAUAAUUCUGUGUAGAAAAGUGGUUGCUUGUUUGUCCCCAGGGUAUAUAAAUCUGCAAAAUUAGGAGUUACUGGCCAGAGUUUAGUGCUUUCCCUUUCUCAUCUUGCUCCUCUUCAUCGCAAGUUUGUGAGGUGGGCCUCCAGUGUUCCUUGAAGCUGAGAGAAAGCAAUGUAUGCAACCUUGAAUUGAUCCAUUUCGGAGAUGGGAUUUGAACCCUGGUCUGCUAGGUCCAGCUCCCAACACUGUUACAUUUUUAAAUAACUUAUUUUUGUGGGGAGGGAGCUUCUGCCAAACUUGGUUCUUCUGGUGCAGGGUAAGAAACAGCAUUAGUUCAUGGAAGAUUUUGGACAAAUGUGUCGUCUUUGAAGUCAAAACUAUUGUGGCUUUUCACCUGUCCUGCGAGGGCUGGCUUUUCUCUAGAGAAGAGGGAGAAGCAUGCAACACUCGGAAGCAAAAGGGAGCGUGCAGUGAUAGUUUACUGUGCUCAAUAGGCAAGUUCUUGCUCAUGCAGCUGUAUGGCAGUUUACCUGCUGAGUGCUGCUUUUGUGCAAUGAACUCUUUGAGAUGCCACCUUAGCCAUGCUGAACUCCAAAUAGGAUUUUGCGCUGUUUCCAAAGAGUGCUGGCACAGGCAUGCAGCUUGAGCGAUGCCUCCUAAUAAUUAGCAGAAGCUUCUUGUGCUUCUAAAGCCAUCUGUCAGCCUUCCUGUUGAGUGCGGGUGUGGAACUGAAGAAGGUUGGCUUUUUUGUACCUAUGCAUAGACGACCCCUUGGUAACCUGGGGCCAGCUGGCUGGGACGGAAGGGAGUUGUUGUCCAAAACCUCUGGAAGGCCAGAGGGUUGCCAAAGGAUGGCAUAGACCGAGAGCCACCUCUUGGUAAAAAGAAAAGGAAGAAAAAGUGGGUUUCCAAAAGAAACAUCAAGUUCAUGCAGAUCCUUGCUGUAGAAAAAAAUCCAUUGUAAAUAUUGUAGCUUAUUAUUAUUAUUAUUAUUUUAUUAAUAUUAUUAUUUUUUCAUUGCUGUUCUCUUGGAAACCUGAUUUUAUUUUUUAUUUGAUAUUUAUGUUUAGCCGCUUCAUAUCUUUGCCAUUGAGGCAAAUUGUGUGAACUUAGAAGAAGGGGAAAUCUUUAUUUUUCGGGAGGGUUGAUCCUAUUUUUAUGUGAGGGAUUUCUGAGGGGGGAAAUGUUCCUUUGGGGGUGCCCCCCAGGUUCUGCUGUUUUGGUUUGGCACUUCUUCAUUGCUAUCGCUUCGCCCUGCAACAUCCCUUGAGGUCAUAGGUACAGAAGGCCUGUGCUGUUGGGAGUUGCAGUAUCUGGAGGGCACCAGCUUGGGGAAGGCUGUUGGGGGGGGCAGUAUGAGGGUGACCUGUAUUACGGCACAUGGAAGACUUGAUUAGCUGGUAAACAAAAGGCCAGAAGUGGCCCUUGAGGUGAGCAUGACUGAUUCCUGGGCAGUGUACAAAAGAUUCAUCUCCUGUGAAAGGGUUUCUCCUUCUCUCAUUAUACUAGAAUUCACGGACAUGCAAUCAAGCGGGACGUUGGAAGAUCCAGGACAGACCAAAGACAGUACUUCUUCACACAGCACGUCUUUGAAACCAUUAAUUUCACUCCCAUAAGAUUAGAGAUGGGAAGGCCUGGAAAAAACCCGGUAAAAUUGGGGGAGAAACCCAGGGUUUUCCCCCAAAGCCAUUUUUCUGGGGGGGAAAUGGCUUUGGGGGGGGAAUGGGGGAAACCUGGUGUGUGUCCCCCCCCUCAUUUUUCUGGUUUUUCCCCCAAGCCUUCCCAUCUCUAAUCUUAUGGGAGUGAUACAGCAACAGCCACUGACUUCGAUUGUUGUAGAAGGCAAAUUCACGGAGAAUGUGGUUUGUAGUAGCAGUUAGCCAUGGUGGCUCUGCCCUGCCUCUGCUCUCAGAGAGAGCUGGGAAUCACAGGUAGGGAAAGGGCUGUUGUACUUGAGUCCUAUUUGUAGGCUUCCCAUAGGCAUCUGGUUAUUUUUUAAAUUAAAUUUCUAUACCACCCUUCAUCUGAAGAUCACAGGGCGGCUUGCAAUAUUACAGUCAAGAGAUUUCAUGUCUCCAGUAUUCUCGAAAGGCCAUUUGCCGAUGGUAGCUUAGCCCUCUCUAAGGUUCCCUGUGCCUUUCUGGUUUUUAUAGCAGCGAUUGGCCAUGGUGAGGACAGAACAGGCAGCCUGCUAGCCUGAUCCAACAGGAACCAUUUUGCGGUUCCUCUUAGCCCUUCCGCAUGUCUGACGGGCGGAAGCCUUCGUGUGUAGAGCUCUGCCUGCCUGUUCCCAUAGAUCCUGGAAUUCUGCACAAACAGCCGUCCACUCCGGUCCAGGGUCUGCAAAAGCCUAUGUGUCUGCAGUUCCCUCACCUCAGCAUCUGCAUUAAUUCUUUCAGAUUUGUUCCAAUGGAUCGGUCAAUUUCUUCUCUGUGCCUUUUUAAAAGGCUCAUUCUUCUACUAAAUGAUGUCUUGGAACUUCCAGCUUAUCUAAUUAGGAAGUUCACAGUCCCAUGUUACAGAGCUUGUGGCUUAGUUGCGGCCUGAGCCCAGAUCCCCAGUUAUCAGUUGCUCCCCAGUUGUCUGUUGCGUACUCCCACAUAGAAAUCGCUUCUAUAUAGGCUUUGCCCGUGUGGAAUUCCGUGUCCUCGGUUCAUCUGUCGUCACCUUUGCCAACCUAGCACCUAGCACAACUUACAUUGGCUGCAGUUGGAGGGUGCCAGAUUGCCGAAGACUGUUCUGUAGCCCCUUGGAUCGAUUUGUAAAAUGUGCCCUAAUGUGAAGCUGCCCUUGAAGAAGGCUCUGAAACUGUUCUCAAGGCCCUGCCAGUUAUCAGGCUAACAGUCUGACUUUGCUGGAAGUUGGGUUUCUAGUUCAAAUCAAGGUUCUGGUCAUCAUCUCUAAAGACCUAUGUGACAGGGACCCCAACUUAACCUUAGGAGGCGUCUUCUCCCUAACAAACUUCCCUUGCUGCAUAUUCCACAUGAGUUGGAUAUGAAGUUAGUACCUGUGGCAGGUACUGGGUCCUUAAUUCUGGGAGGUGGCUUCCUGUGUUCUGAGCGCCAAAGCCUAGACAUUGAUAACAGUUCUAAUGCAGCAAGUUUUUAGCAGUAAACUUUUAUGAUCUAGCGUAGCUGUAGUUUUGUCAUUCGGUAGCUUAUUUUAGAACUGAUUUUAUGUAUUUAUUUCUCCGAACAGGAGGGAAAAACAGGGUAAACAUCUCACAAAAGGAGCAUUAAGUUUUGUACUGUAUAUCAGCAAAUCGUGUGCGUGUCUAACAUGGGAUUCAUGCAAAUCCCCCCACCCCAGGAAAAUGAUUAGAGGUCGGAAUCCUGACCAUGCUUAAAGGAGCGCUGAGUGUAUGUGUGAUGUCAUAUGCUACUUCCUUUAAAAAAAUAGAACUCAAUUUUCUAGGCUAGUGGCUCUCCUCCUCCUCUGCUUGCUUCACUUCAGGUGGUGGGAUGCUGUUGGACUCCAACUCCCAUCAACUCCAGCCAAUGGUUAGGGGUGAUGGGAAUUGUGUACCUCCAGGUGUUGCAGGACUACAGAUCCCCCACCCUUGUUCUCAGUAGUGUUGAAACUGGAACCAGGUAGGCUGCACUUGCAUAAAUAUUGGCACUAGGUGAGCUUAUACUUGGUCCCUCUUCCUAUGGUGUGUAACAGCUCAGAGAGGAGAUGUAGUGCCUGGACAAUUCCACCUAUUCCUGUUGGACAAUUUUGCUAGUACCAACAGGGGUCGCUAAAUCUCUCUGCUGUGCUUACCCCUGUACUGUUGCCACUGCCAGGCCCUUGCAUGGUUGAAGAUGGGGGGUGCUCAGGACGUGGAAUGUAAACUUCUGCUUAUUGGUGUAGGAUUUUGCCACUUGGGGUGGGGAUGGAAGACUAGAUAGGCUGUGUUGCCCUCACCUCUGAAGCCUAAAUGUAAAUACAUGCAAAGCUUGAGUUUGGUGAAAACCUGAUUGCUGCUGCUGCUGCUGCUGUAGGCUUGCUAUUGUAAAGAACAGGCCAGCAUUUACUGGAGCUCGUCUUUGUAAAUAAGUGGGAAACUUUUUAUUUUUAUUAUGUUUAAAUAAGAAGGUGGUUUUGUAUAGCUGCUGGGACACUUUGUUGUAUAUAAAGCCGUAUUCUGAAGCAUUGCCUUCUGGGUUACGCUCAAACGAAAAAGACCGAACAGGUAUCUUACUUUGUAUGAGGUCUUUCACUUCAUUGCAGGAGGUUGGGCAAAAUGACCAUCAUGGUCCCUUCCAACACUACAAUUCUAUAUGGUUCUGUAACAGAGGAGCCUGUCCAAAGUAGCCUCUUGAAUCAAUGGAAGCCA